CUCUCUCGACGUCACGGACUCGACCUUUGACACCACCAAUCAGCGAGAAGAAGCUGUGGGAAGCGUUCGCGGCCUUAUCCGGAAGUGGGCGGGGCACUGUGUGGGAAGCAGCCAAUGGGCGGCCGGGCGCCCGCGGGAGCGGCGGCGCGAACAGCUAUUAGUCCCGCCUCAGGCUCUGCAUCCAUGGAGCGAGCUGAUGGGCCGAGUUCAAACCAGGAUGAAAAUACAUAAUUGCCUACUUGCUUUGUCUCUUGUAACUGGUUUCUUCAGUUCAGAACUUGCUAAGGCCAUCAAACCUAUCGAUCGGAAGUCAGUCCAUCAGAUUUGUUCUGGGCAAGUGGUACUUGGUCUAAGCACUGCUGUGAAGGAGUUGGUAGAAAAUAGUGUGGAUGCCGGUGCAACUAGUAUUGAUCUCAGGCUUAAAGACUAUGGAGUGGAGCUCAUCGAAGUUUCAGACAACGGAUGUGGGGUAGAAGAAGAAAAUUUUGAAGGCUUAACUCUGAAACAUCACACUUCGAAGAUUCAGGAGUUUGCUGACCUCACUCAGGUUGAAACUUUUGGCUUUCGAGGGGAAGCUCUGAGCUCACUCUGUGCACUGAGCGAUGUGACUAUUUCUACCUGCCACACGUCUGUGAAGGUUGGGACUCGAUUGGUGUUUGAUCACAAUGGAAAAAUCCUCCAGAAAACCCCCUACCCACGACCCAGGGGGACGACGGUCAGCGUGCAGCAGCUAUUUUAUACGCUUCCUGUGCGCCAUAAGGAGUUUCAAAGGAAUAUUAAGAAGGAGUUCGCCAAGAUGGUUCAGGUGUUACAGGCAUACUGCAUCAUUUCAGCGGGCGUCCGUAUAAGUUGCACCAAUCAGGUUGGGCAGGGCAAGCGGCAGCCUGUGGUGUGCACCAGCGGAAGCUCCAGCAUGAAGGAAAACAUCGGAUUGGUGUUUGGGCAGAAGCAGUUGCAAAGCCUCAUCCCCUUUGUGCAGCUGCCCCCUAGUGACUCCAUCUGCGAAGAAUAUGGGCUGAGCUGUUCCCAGGCUCUGCACAACCUGUUUUGUAUCUCAGGUUUUAUUUCGCACUGUGCUCAUGGCGUGGGAAGAAGUUCAACGGACAGACAGUUUUUCUUUAUCAAUCGGCGGCCUUGCGACCCAUCAAAGGUUUCCAGACUUGUGAACGAGGUCUAUCACAUGUAUAAUCGGCAUCAGUACCCAUUCAUUGUUCUUAAUGUUUCUGUUGAUUCGGCAUGUGUCGACAUCAACGUUACUCCAGAUAAAAGGCAAAUUUUCCUGCAAGAGGAGAAGCUUUUGUUGGCAGUUUUAAAGACGUCUUUGAUAGGAAUGUUCGAGAGUGAUGUUAACAAACUCCAGGUCAGCCAGCAGCCGCUGCUAGAUGUGGAAGGUCACUUAAUAAAGAGGCCUUCGGCAGAGAUGGAGAAGCCUGAGCCAGAAAAGAAGGAUGAUCCUGCCCCGUUAAGGACUCAUGGAGAAGAGAAAAGGGUAGUGACCAUUUCCAGACUGAGAGAAACCUUUUCCCUUCGUCACUCGACUGAGAAUAAGUCCCGGGGUCCGAAGGCCACUGAUCCGAGGCGGGUUUCUCCGAGGCAGAAAAGCAGUGCCCAGUUUCCUAGAGCUUUGGGGCCCCCCUGCUCCCGGAAGCACGUCUCUGAACCUGGGGAGGAAGGGAGGACUUCUGCUCAGGGGCCCCACAACUUGAUGGGCAGAGUGGAGAUGGAGGAGGACUCGGGGCACGGCAGCGCAUCUGCCGGCUCUGAGGAGGCAUCCAGCACCCCCGAGACAAGCAGCCACCCCAGCACUGACCGGGUGGCAAGCUCCCCCGAAGACAGAUUUUCCCAAGAAAAUGUGGAGUCUCGGGAAAAGUUACCUGAAACUGACCAUCGUCUUUCAGGCACAAAGUGCCAUUUAAACCAAGAAGAAAGUGGCUCCACAUCUAGAGUCUUGCUGCAGCCCACAAAGCUCUCAUCCCCAAACGCAAAGCGUUUUAAAAAAGAAGGGAUUCCUUUAAAUCCCGAUGUCCUUCCAGAGUUGGUGAAAGCCCAGAGUGCGUCAGCUACAGUGGAUGUAGCUGUGAAAAUUGACAAGAAAAUAGUGCCCCUUGAUUUUUCCAUGAGUUCUCUCGCCAAACGAAUAAAGCAGUUGUGUCAGCAAGAACAGCAGCGAGAAAGUCAACAGAAUUAUAGGAAAUUUCGGGCAAAGAUUUGCCCUGGAGAAAAUCAAGCAGCGGAAGACGAACUAAGAAAAGAGAUCAGCAAAACGAUGUUUGCAGAAAUGGAAAUCAUUGGUCAGUUUAACUUGGGGUUUAUCAUCACCAAGCUGAAUGCAGAUAUCUUCAUAGUGGACCAGCAUGCCACGGACGAGAAAUACAACUUCGAGAUGCUUCAGCAGCACACUGUUCUCCAGGGUCAAAGGCUUAUAGCACCUCAGACUCUCAGCCUAACGGCUGUCAAUGAAGCAAUUCUAAUAGAAAAUCUGGAAAUAUUCAGGAAGAAUGGCUUUGACUUUGUUAUUGAUGAACACGCGCCAGUCACUGAAAGAGCCAAGUUGAUUUCCUUGCCAACCAGUAAGAACUGGACCUUUGGACCCCAGGACAUAGACGAGCUGCUCUUCAUGCUGAGCGACAGCCCCGGGGUCAUGUGCCGGCCUUCCCGCGUCCGGCAGAUGUUCGCCUCCAGAGCCUGUCGCAAGUCUGUGAUGAUUGGAACCCCUCUUAACACAAGCGAGAUGAAGAAACUCAUCACACACAUGGGGGAGAUGGACCAUCCCUGGAACUGUCCCCACGGAAGGCCCACCAUGAGACACAUUGCCAACCUGGAUGUCAUUUCUCAGAGCUGACGGCGCUUUCCGUUUUAUAGAGCUGUUGAUCGUACUGCAGUGUUACAAGGUUUUCGGGGAUUAAACCUGGACCACCGUGGUAAAAGCCCAGGAUCCUAACCACUGAACCGACAGGGAGCUCCUGGAUCUCUCUUUUUAAAUGUACCCCGCUGCAGCCAGAAUGGCAAAGACUGUUGUGCGUGCUCAGUUGCUCAGUCGUGUCCAACUCUCUGCGACCCCAUGGACUGUGGCCUGCCAGGCUCCUCUGUCCAGGAGUACUUGAGUGGGUUGCCAUAUCCUUCUCUAGGGGAUCUUUCCGACCCAGGGAUCAAACCCAAGUCUUCUGCAUCUCCUGCUUGGCAGGUGGAUUCUUUACCGCUGAGCCACCUGGGAAGCCCAAAGACUGUUGUAGGCAAGGGGAAAUAAAAGAUUCUGAUUUUUCUGUAA